UCUAACACACGGAACCAUUGCAGCGAAGAAGAAAGUGCUUGUUAUGGAAAUGCAGCCAGAGCAGUGACAAGCUGAACGUAAGGAAAUACCACGGUAGGCGGCUAGAAAUCAUAAGAUUUAUCUAUCAAAACAUGGUGUAUUCGUGACACACCGCCUUUAAAAAGCAGCUAAACGUCCACUAGUAUAGGAAACUGUUGGGCAAAUGUCAGUGAGCGACUCCUCGAGCUAACUAAGCUAGCUAACGUGAGCUGACUACAAAGGGAUGGUGGUUAGCUAGCUGCUGCUACACUGUAUUUGCACACCGCAAUCAUGAGUGAAGAUGACACUUCAGCUUCAGCAAACAAAGACAAAGACUCCACUCUCCUGCUCACUAAAGACGGACAGAGGUACUACGUGAGUAAGAGCGGAGUUGUCGACAGCAGAAACGUGAUAACGCCGCACGAACCGGAGAACAACGCCUCCUCCUACGACGUGGAUGAUCCGGACGAGGAGAGCGACGUUCUGGACACGUCGGAUCCCAGAGACGGCGCCGCCAGCCCAGAGGAACUCAACGACGAGGAGACCUCGGAGGGCGACAAUGCUCCUAAACAGUGCACCUAUGAGGGAUGCACGGAGACCACAACGCAGGUGGCCAAGCAGAGGAAACCGUGGAUGUGCAAGAAACACCGCAACAAGAUGUACAAAGACAAGUACAAGAAGAAGAAGAGUGAUCAGGCAAUGUCCAGUGGGAAACUUGAUGAAAACUCAGAGGAGCGGCCUGUGUCUGUGAACAAACAGCGUCUGGGUGCCAUGGGGGACCGGCCAGCCAGACCCUCCCUGAUAGAGCAGGUCCUCAACCAGAAAAGAUUGUCACUGCUCAGAAGUCCAGAGGUGAUCAGCUUCCUGCAGCAGCAGCAGCAGCUCCUGGCCACACAGAGCCGCAGCCAGUCACAGCAGCAGUUUCAGGGCUGUUGAUGCCGGUUGGGCCGUGUUUUACCUUAGUAUUUAUGAUGUAUAGAGAGCACUGAAGAAUCACUGGCACAUCAUGCGUAAAAGGAUUGUAACCAUACACUGUAAACACGAAUGCUCUCAGCCAGACAGAGGAAGGAUUAACAUGGAAACCAAGGGACGUUUUAAAGGCAUGGUAAACAUGAGGGCUUGAAUUUCUUAGCUGCAAAAUGACCAUGUAAUCAAACCAUGUGUGGUGCUAUUUAUUAUCAUAUUUACUCAUUGUGAAUUUACUUUUCAGUCUCCAGUCUUUCUUUUAGUUAUAUUUCUUCACGUGGCAAUAAUAAUAAUGAUAAUAAUAAAGGCUUUGGAUUAUACA